GUUGCAUAUACUGUGGUGUCAGAAACACAGGUCAUUUAAACAGGCUCUGAAGGAAGAAUAACGGACAGGGAGAAGUGAGAAAGUAAUCGCACAACCAUUUGAAAUAUUUUAUCAUCUUUCUUCACAAUGAAAAACUUCAUUGUAAUCGCUUGCAUCUUUUUUAGUAUUUCUGGUUUAAACACGAUUGCUGUUUAUCCAGACACGUACGUUGCAUCUUACCCAAAGUCAUGUAUGGAAAUCAAGCAAAGCUCACCGGAAUCGUUGAGUGGUCUUUACCGCAUUGUGGUUGAUGACACUGUCGUUACGGUAUACUGUGAAAUGGCAAAGGAAGGCGGUGGAUUUACGUUCAUCCCACGCGAGGCUGUGAUCAAAGGCAAACUACCCCAGCUCAUCAAUCAAGUUUUCAAGAACAAAACACAAGUCUUGCUUCGUAUCCAAAAGAAAGAUGGUCUUCAACCAUUUACACUUAUCACACAACUUCCACGGUUUACUCAACAUAAUCUCGCCGUCUUGAUGCAUAAUUAUAAUGGAUAUACACAGCCUCAAAAUUAUUACAUGCGCGAUUAUCUUUUCUUGGUGUGUUACCAAAAAAUGUGGCAUGGGCGCGAGUUACUCAAGGUUUCAGUUUUGUUUAUGAAACGGCCGGCGUGUGUUAAACGUACUCAUAUGAGAUGCCCACAACCGCUUACGAAUCUACCGACAUAAACUACAAGAACAUCGAAAAAUCGUAACAAGAUACACUACACAAUCAGACGCCAAAUCCAUUAAUGAAGCCAUCAAAAAAGCAACAUCCAUUUAUAGAACAAAACGACACCACGAAACUUCAUCUAAACAACGAAGAACUACGAGCAAUUAAAAACCUACAAAACGACGACCAAAUAAUCAUAUUACGAGCUGACAAAGGACGCAAAACAGUUAUCAUGGACAGAUCAGAAUACAUCCACAAAGCCAAAACCCUCAUACAAGACACCACCACCUACGAACCUCUAUCCGCAGACCCCAGCAAAACGACCACCAACCGUAUAAACCAGAAACUGAAACAACUAAAAGACAAAAAGAAACUGACCGAAAACGAUUACAGAAGAAUCCGACCCAAUGACGCAUCCACCGCCAAAUUCUAUGGACUACCAAAAA